AUAGAUACGCGCAUAAGUUGUGAACUGUGGCUGUGGAAAAUACAAUUACCGCUCUAAAAAGUUAUUACGAAGCUUCUCCUUGAUAGUGCGCCGCUUGAAGGUGCACCUGUCAUUAACAAUAAGAAGAAAAUAUGAACACUGGAACGGGAGCGAUGUACCACGUGUAUUGCGGAGCAGAAACAGGUCUUUUGAAAGGUGUAAAUACGGCUAAAAAGAUGUUCCUUAAUCUGAACAAAUCGGCUGACUUAAAUCGAGAUUAUGAGAUCACAGCACUCCUUUGGGCUAACACCGAAGAGACUCAUAUUCAUUGUGCGCUACGAAAACAGGUGGUGAAAACGUACGAUGCCCAGUCGGGUCUCUUACUUAAAACAGUCGAUGUCCAGGCUGGCGAAGGGUCCAUUAAAGGUCUCGAGAUGAUGGGUGAUGCUCUUGUAACUUGUUCUCAAUCAGGUGCGUUUCGCGUGUGGCGGCCAUCGCGGGAAAUUAUAGACGAACAUAUACCGGAACUUGAGCUCGACGUGGGACCAAAUAUCUUUCGUAUGCGACGAAACCCAACGUCUGAGCAAAUCUUCGCUACAGGCGGUAAAGAAAAUGAGCUUAAGUUGUGGGACUUGAAUGCUACGGAAAAGCCGGUAUUUGUUGCUAAGAAUGUCCGGAACGAUCAUCUUGAUUUGAGGGUGCCGGUUUGGGUGACGGAUUUACGCUUCUGGGAAGACUCGAAAGUUGUUGUAGGAACCGGUUACAAUAAGAUUCGUGUGUAUGACACAAAAUGUGGCCAAAGAAGACCCGUCGCUGAAAUGCCGUUUGACGAAUAUCCUAUAACGUGCCUAUCGCUUGCCGGUGAGCGAAACCCAAGUUGUGUCCUUGUGGGCAAUACGCACGGGCGUGUUGCCCUAUUCGAUAUCCGCAAACAAAGAAUCGUGCACUGCUUUAAAGGGUUCGCAGGUUCGGUACGAGCAGUCGAAGUCCAUCCAUUAAAACCUUAUGUCGUGUCGUGUAGUCUCGACCGAUUUCUGCGUGUUCACGACUUUGAGAGACAUCUGUUGUUAUCCAAGAUCUAUCUGAAAUCCCGUCUGAGUUCGCUCUUACUUAGAACUGCUGGAGGAAAACAUUCAAUUCGGCUGGAGGAAGAAGAGGAGGAAAAACGACGCGUGGAAGAAGAGCAAGCAAUGGCAGUGGAAGAAGGACAGGACAAUCAAGAUAAUAAGAUUCAGCCUGACGACGGAAACGACAGCGAUGAUCAACUCUGGAACCGUAUGGGCCUUAUGAAGGAGGAAGCCGAAAGCGGCAUAGAAAGUGAUGAUGAAAUCAACGAAUCGGCUUUGCUGAGUCACGAGCGCCAGAAAAGGAAGCGCCAACGUCAGAGAAAAUCCGAGAAGAACAAUGCUGAAAUUAAGAAGAUCCGAGAUUCCGGAAGCGUACAACAACAACAAAUCGACCAUUAAUAACAUGACAAUGGCUUCCUGUUUUGCACGAAAAGCACUUACCGCAGGUAGCUUAUGAUUAUAAGUGGUAAGCAUAAUGUAUAUAUCUGAAGCAUGGAUUACACGCUAUGUACCAGAAAAAUCGAAGAGUGAACGAUAGCGUGACAGUUACUGUAAACAAUGUAUCGCUAUAAAUAGUCAAAUAUUGCAGUUCCAUGGGCCAUUGACCUCUGUGUGUGUGGGUGUUGGUGUUGUUGACUUUUAUCGUGGUCAGUUUACUGUUAGUUUAACAGCGAAACCACUGGAAAGUUCAUUAGGAUUCAUGGAUACCUUAGGUACAUAUAUCGAAUGUAUACAAAAUAUGCUUCAAUAAACUAACUAUUGAGUAAA